GUAUAUCACUUCUGAAUGUCAAAAUGUGUUCACGAUUUCAUUCAUCAUUUUACGAGUCCGUAUGAAGCAUGUAGUUUUUUAGGGUAAAUGGUUGAAUAUAGUGCAACUUGGGAUUUAUUUGGGAAACUAAUUUUGAAAAUUAUAAAUUUGGCACCAAACACUACCAAAACAUAGAGUUCUUGCGUAUCGCUCCAUAAAGGUUACAUAACGCAUUGAGUUUUCAAAUAUGGGAAGCGGCAAAUCAAAGAUUAUUCAAAACAUCCAUAAAUAAAGGGCUACUGAAGUCAUCCGCAGUUGUUUCAGGAAACUUCAGCAAGCGGCGGAGGAAAAAGCAAUCUCGAUUUCACGACAUUCAAAGCUCGGGUUGAUCGGAUCAACAUAAGUGGACUCAACCGAACUCACGAUGAUUAUGUUCAACGAGCCAUCCAAAGCCUGUUCAGGGCCCAGAACUUUCAGGAUGUUAUCACUGAAACUACCAACGUGAAAGACAAUCUGAUGCAAUUAGGAAUAUACAAAAAUUUGAAGGUCCAUAUAGAUGUCAGCAAAGGAAAGUCUGCUACGAAGAAUGGUUAUGAAAUUACGUUCCAGGGGGACGAACUUUCCCGACUGACAGGAAGCAUUGGUACUGAGCUAGGUCAGAAUGACGGAGCAGCAACUGCAGAGUUAACAUCACCUAAUAUUUUCGGACGAGGAGAACGCCUUAGCUUAAACUACAGCUACAGUUACGUGAAAAGUAGUGUACUUAAUUUACGCUUCACGAAGCCUUACUAUCACACAGUCAUUGGUGACUACAACCCUGAGACAUCGAUAUCGAUUUUCAAGCAUUCUUCGCCAGCACCUUGGUCGAAGUUUCGAACGGACGAAACUGGAAUAUUGCUAGAUUUUUCGUUCACGUUGCCAUUUGGGUUGAGUAACAGUUUGCAGUACGAGAUCGGAAUGAAGGAAAUUUUUGCUCUUGAUAAGCUGACGCCAUUCUUUGUGCGAGAGAAUUGUGGCCCCAAGCUAGCGGCAAUUGUACGAUAUAUUGGGGUAUUCGAAGGCCGCGACAGUAACGUGUUCCCUACCAACGGUGUAUUCAUGAAAACAACGAAUGAGAUGAUCGGAAGCUCACUCUCGCAGUUUGGCAUAGUGAAGUCUGAUGUUCAUUGCGAAAUGAAUGUUCCUCUCUUUGCUGGAAUUUCGUUACAAAUGACCGGCCGGAUUGGAGUCUUAUUCAAUGAUAAAUUGAAGGAAGCUAUUCCCAUUAACCAACUAUUCUUCCCUGGAGGGCCGCAGUCUUUACGAGGUUUCGAAGUGGCUGGUGCGUGCUCGUCCAGGGAAGGCGUGGCAGCUGGCUGUCAGUCCUAUUGGGCUUCGGGUAUUCAUGUGUGGAGUCCAUUACCAUUCGGAAGUUACUUCGGUGGUUUCGGAAAUCUUUUUAGGACGCAUUUCUUUUAUAAUUUCGGAACGUGCAAUAUGUUCACUACAGAUAAGUUGCGGAGUACCGCUGGCGUUGGUCUUGCAUUUAGAUUAGGACAGAAGGCACGAAUUGAAUUUAACUACUGCCACCCUUUGUCUUUCGAAGCUGGAGAUCGAGUGAAGAAAGGCUUUCAGUUUGGCAUAGGUUAUGAGUUUAUUUAGAAUUAUCCAAUUGAUAAAAAACUUACUUGAUUGUUAGGCAUUUUACGUAGCUCCAGAUUAGUUAUUAACAAAAGAGCAAAGAAAAAAGCACAACUAUGAAAAAAAUGAGUGAAUUUUAUUGAUAAUUUUAAUUACAUAACUGAAAUGAGACUUAUUCUCAUGAAUGAGUGUUGGUUCAUAUGUAUUGAGCCCAUAAAUGAGUUAUCGCUGGUUUCGCAUGUAAA